AUGGCGUCUGAAACGGAGUACCUCCGUGCCAUUUUACCUAGUCUUCCUACAGGAAUUGCUGCGAAAUUGCGCAGCUUAUGUGCUACGCCAGCCACUGAGUCCGCCCUGGAAAAUCUGGUUCGGUUCAUCUGUGGAGCCCAGCAUUCGCCGGAGGCGCCAAAAGAAUUUCAUGGGGAGUGGUUUGAAAAGCAGUUGACUACAAGAAAUCUUCUGAAAGGGAUGAACUGGGGCUCAAAUUCUUCUGAGAACAAACGGCCAAGGGAUGAUGGCGCAGAGAAUCAGUCCGAAUCAUCUAAAAAACCGCGAAUAUCGCCAGCACCAGUCGCGACAGAUGGAAACCCCAUAUACACCCUCCAUUCUAUAUCCACCACCUCUCCCAUUCGGAAAAAAGUUGAUAUCACUAUUUGCGAAAAUUCAAUCACCUUCACCAACCCUUCAACACGCGCCUCGGAAGGAUCGGUCCCUCGUGCGUCUAUACGUCGUGCUUUCCUCGUUCCGACGAGGGGAAAGUCGAAACCACACUGGACUGUGAUACUGCUUUCAUCUGAUACCCCAGAUCGUGGAAAACCCGCAAACCCAGCAACACCUGAAAACCCUCAGAUCAUAUUCGGCCUUGACGCGACAAGCACGCCACCUUUCACUGUAACUACCUACAAAUCCGGUUCUGAACCUACUCCCGAGGUCUCCCCCAAAGGCAGUACAACACUACCCUUCAUCCACGCCUUCUUUACCCAUCUCGGGAUAGCACUUUUUGAACCGACCGUGGACGUGUUCAAGAGCGCUUGUGUUGGGAUAGGAAACAAUGUUAUGGCGGGCAACAUACCUGGCGUUGAAGCCUAUCGCGCAGCCAAAUCCGGGAGUUUGUGGUUUACGAAAGAAGGCAUUCUCUGGGGAGAGAGCAAACCAUGCGAAUUCUGGCCUGUUGGGAGCCUCAUUAGCAAGAGCGAGGGCGUGCGGAUCAUAGGCGGUAGCGGGAGGACAUGCUCUGUCGUUUUGACCAGGAAGACAGAAAGUGGGAGUACCGGCGGGGAUGACGAAGAUAUGGGUGAAGAGACUGAGUUUGGCAUGGUCGACGCUCGGGAGCAAGAGGGCAUUGAUCGGUGGGUGAAAAAGUAUCGUCAUCUCUUUGGGAAAACGGAAGGUCAAUCUACGGAUGAAGCCGUGGAUGUGGAAUCGAAGCAGCCGAAAAAAGUACAGCAGUUUGGGCCAGUGACAAUCAAUCAGCUUGCGGCCGCAGAUGAUGACGAUGACGAUGACGACGAUUUUGCUGUGGACUCUGAUUCUGAGUCAGACGGUGGAUCUGCUUCUCCAUCUUCGGAAGACGAUGAAGCUGGGGGAAGUGACGGGAGUGAUGAGGAAGAGGGCUGCGAGGAUGGUGAAGGCAGCGAUGAAGAAGGGGAAGAAGAAGAGCUCAAACCCGAGCAUCACCCUCUCCUGCGACCAGGUGCAAUGCCGAAGAUGUCCCGUGCUGCCAUGGACAUGGUGGUUGGAAUGGUCGAGGAUGAUAUGAUGGGCGGUGGGAGUGGCGAGGAGGACGAGGAAGAUGAACUAGACGAUUAA